AUGAACCCUUCCUCCGCCGCAGCUGACCAGUCCGCCGUCGAGGGCCCCGAGCUCAGCUACGAGUCGGGCAAGACCCUCAUGGCCCAAGGCCCGCAGGCUCUGCACGAACUCAUGGCCACCAAGAUCCACGCGGCAAUGGGCCGCCCCCUGCCGGAGAUGGAGGUGCGCUUCAGCAACCUAAAUCUGUCCCUGAGCGCCGACAUCGUCGUAGUCGACAACGACGGCUCCAAGCACGAGCUGCCGACCAUCCCGAACGAGCUCAAGAAGGUGUUCGUCGGCCCCAAGAAGCGCACGGUGCGCAAGGAGAUCCUCAAGGACAUCAGCGGCGUGUUCAAGCCGGGCAAGCUCACCCUGUUGCUGGGCCAGCCCGGCUCGGGCAAGUCGGCCUUGAUGAAGAUGCUCAGUGGCCGCUUCCCCAUUGAGAAGAACAUCACAGUGGAGGGCGACAUCACCUUCAACAACGUGCCUCGUGAGGAGACCAUCCAGACGCUGCCCCAGUUCGUGUCGUACGUGAACCAGCGCGACAAGCACUACCCCACGCUGACCGCCAAGGAGACGCUCGAGUUCGCGCACAAGUUCUGCGGCGGUGAGUACAUGCGUCGCGGUGAAGAACUGUUCUCCAAGGGCUCCGAGAAGGAGAACCUGGAGGCCCUUGAAGCCACCAAGGCCCACUUCGCACACUACCCGGAGAUCGUGAUCCAGCAGCUUGGACUGCAGAACUGCCAGGACACCAUCGUUGGUGAUGCCAUGCUCCGCGGUAUCUCCGGUGGUGAGCGCAAGCGCGUGACGACUGGUGAGAUGGAGUUCGGCAUGAAGUACGUGUCGCUCAUGGACGAGAUCAGCACGGGUCUCGACAGUGCCGCCACCUACGACAUCAUCAGCACGCAGCGCAGCGUCGCCCACACUCUCCACAAGAACGUGGUGAUUGCGCUGCUUCAGCCGUCCCCGGAGGUGUUUUCGCUGUUCGACGACGUCAUGAUCCUGAACGAGGGUGAACUCAUGUACCACGGACCUUGCGACCGUGUUCAGGACUACUUCGACAGCCUGGGCUUCUUCUGCCCGCCUGAGCGCGAUAUUGCUGACUACCUGCUGGACCUGGGCACGAACGAGCAGUACCGCUACCAGGUGCCGAACUUCGCGACCAAGCAGCCUCGUCGUGCCAGCGAGUUUGCCGACCUGUUCAAGCGGUCGGACAUCCACCAGGAGAUGCUGCGCGCUCUGGACGCCCCUCACGCCCCCGAGCUGUUGCAAAUUGCCAGUGAAAACAUGAAGCCGAUGCCGGUGUUCCACCAGUCCUUCCUGGAGAGCACCAUGACGCUGCUGCGGCGCCAGCUCAUGAUCACCUACCGCAACAAGCCGUUCGUCUUCGGCCGACUGACGAUGAUCAUCGUCAUGGGACUGCUGUACUGCACGACAUUCUACCAGUUCGACCCGACGCAGAUGUCGGUGGUCAUGGGUGUCAUUUUCUCGUCCAUUCUGUUCCUGUCCAUGGGUCAGUCGUCGCAGAUCCCGACGUACAUGGCCGAGCGUGACAUCUUCUACAAGCAGCGCGGCGCCAACUUCUUCCGCACGGCGUCCUACGUGCUGGCCACGUCGGCCAGUCAGAUCCCGUUGGCCAUCGCUGAGUCGCUCAUUUUCGGCACGCUCAUCUACUGGGUCUGUGGCUUCGACUCGAACGUUGCCAAGUUCAUCAUCUUCGUGGUCGUGCUGUUCCUCAUGAACCUGGCCAUGGGAAUGUGGUUCUUCUUCCUGUCUGCGGUUGGCCCCAACACGAACGUUGUGACGCCUCUGGGUAUGGUCUCCACGCUGAUCUUCAUCAUCUUCGCGGGCUUCGUUGUGACCAAGAGCCAAAUUCCCGACUACCUCAUCUGGGCGCAUUGGAUUAGCCCAAUGAGCUGGAGUCUGCGCGCCCUCGCCAUCAACCAGUACCGGUCCGACACCUUCAACGUGUGCGUGUACGACGGCAUCGACUACUGCUCCGAGUACGGCGGACUCACGAUGGGCGAGUACUACCUGGGCCUGUUCGGCAUCGAGACGGGCAAGGAGUGGAUCGCCUACGGCAUCAUCUACACGGUCGUUAUCUACGUGGUCUUCAUGUUUCUGUCGUUCCUGGCGCUCGAGUUCCUGCGCUACGAAGCCCCCGAAAACGUCGAUGUUUCUGAGAAGAUGGUUGAAGACGACUCCUACACGCUUGUGAAGACGCCCAAGGGUGUUAACAAGGCCAACGGCGACGUCGUUCUCGACCUUCCUGCUGCCGACCGCGAGAAGAACUUCACCCCCGUCACGGUUGCGUUCCAGGACCUGCACUACUUCGUUCCCGACCCGAAGAACCCCAAGCAAGAGCUCGAGCUGCUCAAGGGCAUCGACGGUUUUGCUGUCCCCGGAUCGAUCACCGCGCUCAUGGGCUCUUCGGGUGCCGGUAAGACGACGUUGAUGGAUGUGAUCGCUGGCCGCAAGACCGGCGGCAAGAUCACGGGCAAGAUCCUGCUGAACGGCUACGAGGCCAACGAUCUGGCCAUUCGUCGUUGCACGGGCUACUGCGAGCAGAUGGACGUGCACUCGGAGGCGGCCACGAUUCGCGAGGCCUUGACUUUCAGCUCUUUCCUGCGCCAGGAUGCAUCGAUCCCGGCCGCCAAGAAGUACGACUCGGUGAACGAGUGCAUUGAGCUGCUUGGACUUGAAGACAUCGCAGACCAGAUCAUCCGUGGCAGCUCGGUGGAGCAGAUGAAGCGACUGACGAUCGGUGUGGAGCUUGCUGCUCAGCCGAGUGUGAUUUUCCUGGACGAGCCGACGAGUGGCCUGGACGCGCGUUCGGCCAAGAUCAUCAUGGACGGUGUCCGUAAGGUGGCCGACUCGGGCCGCACCAUUAUCUGUACGAUCCACCAGCCUUCGUCGGAGGUGUUCUACCUGUUCGACAGCCUGCUUCUGCUGAAGCGUGGUGGUGAGACUGUGUUCUUCGGAGACCUGGGCCAGAACUGCCGCAACUUGAUCGACUACUUUGAGAACAUCCCUGGCGUGGUGCCGCUGCCCAAGGGCUACAACCCUGCGACGUGGAUGCUGGAGUGCAUUGGCGCCGGUGUCAGCAACGGUGCCGCUAAUCAGACCAACUUCGUCGAGUACUUCCAGAGCAGCCCAUACAACCAGCAGUUGCAGGCCAACAUGGCCAAGGAGGGCAUCACUGUCCCGUCGCCGGACCUCCCCGAGAUGGUCUUUGGCAAGAAGCGUGCAGCCAACUCGAUGACGCAGAUGAAGUUUGUCGUGUGGCGCUACAUCCAGAUGUACUGGCGCACGCCGACGUACAACCUCACGCGCAUGUACCUGGCCGUCUUCUUGGCUAUGCUGUUUGGCUUGAUCUUCGUGGAUGUCGACUACGCGUCGUACUCGGGCCUGAACUCGGGCGUCGGUAUGGUGUUCAUGGCCGCGCUGUUCAACUCCAUGAUGGCUUUCCAGAGCGUGUUGCCGCUCUCGUGCUCCGAGCGCGCCCCUUUUUACCGUGAGCGCGCGAGUCAAACGUAUAAUGCGUUCUGGUACUUCGUCGGCUCGAGUCUCGCCGAGAUCCCGUACUGCUUCGCCAGUUCGCUGCUCUUCACGGUGGUCUUCUACUGGUUUGUGGGCUUCCAGGGUUUCAUGGCCGCUGUGCUCUUCUGGCUCAUCCUGUCGCUCACGAUCCUCAUGCAAGUCUACAUGGGCAUGAUGUUCGCGUACGCGCUGCCGAGCGAGGAAGUGGCCGCCAUCAUCGGCGUGCUCAUCAACUCGGUCUUCAUCCUCUUCAUGGGCUUCAGUCCGCCGGCGUACGCCAUCCCGUCCGGCUACAAGUGGCUCUACACCAUCUCGCCGCUCAAGUUCCCCAUGUCGGUCAUGGUGGCGGUCGUCUUCGCCGACUGCGACGAGCUGCCGACCUGGAACGAGACGACGCAGGCGUACGAGAACAUCGGCUCGAACCUAGGCUGCCAGCCCAUGGCCAACGCGCCCGCCGACAUUGGCCACAUCACCAUCAAGGAGUACACGGAGGAGUACUUCGGCAUGAAGCACAGCACCAUCGCGCGCAACUUCGGCAUCGUGAUCGGCUGCCUCGUGCUCUUCCGCAUCUUGGGCCUGCUCGCGCUGCGCUUCAUCAACCACCAGAAGAGAUAG